UAGUGACUUGCAUGUUGCCGGCAGUAGAAAGGGAUCAUAAUUUCAGUUAGCUGAAGAAUUUGCUCGGAUUCUGUGAUAAAAUUGCAAAGAAAACAUACUAGCGCUAAAUCAAGAUUAAAUAUCACGUCAACAUCAUGAGUAUUCUCGAGUACAAUGGUGCAGCUAUCAUCGCAAUGAAGGGAAAGAAUUGUGUGGCAAUUGCUGCUGACAGAAGAUUUGGUAUACAGGCCCAAACUGUUAGUACAAACUUCCAGAAAAUGUUUGAGAUGGGACCACGACUUUUUAUUGGAUUACCAGGCCUGGCAACAGACGUUCAAACUGUUGCCCAAAAACUACAAUUCCGUGUGAACCUGUAUGAACUCAGAGAAAACAGAAGAAUCAAGCCAAAAACAUUCAUGAGUAUGGUAUCCAAUUUGUUAUAUGAAAGGAGAUUUGGUCCAUAUUUUGUUGAACCUGUUAUUGCUGGUCUUGAUCCAAAGACUGAUGAACCUUACAUUGCCUCCAUGGAUCUGAUUGGCUGUCCAAUGGUGACAGAGGAAUUUGUUGUAAGUGGUACCUGCUCUGAACAGAUGUAUGGAAUGUGUGAAUCAUUAUGGAAACCAGAUAUGGGACCUGAUGAUCUGCUGGACACAAUAUCUCAAGCCUUACAGAGUGCAGUAGAUAGAGAUGCAGUGUCAGGAUGGGGCUGUCUAGUCCAUAUCAUAGAGAAAGACAAAGUAACAACAACAGAACUUAAAGGAAGGAUGGACUAGAAUGAUCAUUUACAUCUCAUAGACAUUGCACAAUUAUGUAUUCUGUCUGAUUUCCAUCAAGGAUUUAUAGCCUAUUGGUGACAUCACAAUUUUCCAUUUCUGAACUGGGUAUGAGCCACUUCCAGGAAUGGAUACAUGUGGAUUUAUUGAACAGAUAGGCAAACUUGUUAUCUGAAAUUAUUGAAUGGUUAUAUUUAAUUUUUUAAACACUUCAAGGUAAUCAAUUAAUAACGUGAACACAUGGGACAUUUUGUUAUGAAAAAUCUUGGUGAAUCACAUCUGUGUAAGCUGUAUGUGAUCAUAAGAAAAAUAGUAUAAUGUGUAGAUAUCAGAAUUUUGGAUGUUGACAAAUCUCAAACUACACAAACACUAGAUUUAUCAUAAUAAGAAGAAAAUGUUUGAAAUUUAUAUGCAGGUGCAGUUGUAGAACUACUACAUAAAAUUCUUGACACAUUCUAAAAAGGCACAAUUACUGGAAUGGUGGAACUCCUAAAUCAUUUACGAGAAAAAGUGCUAGCACUUCAGACAGUGCACUUCAUGAUGAAAUUUCUGUCAUUUCCAGAAAUAGUUGAAUGUAUGAUAAGUGGACACAUGUUUAACACAUAGAAUGAGUCAGUGUAUGGAAAUAAACUUUUGUCAGUAAAUCA